CUGCUGGUGGACCGGGACGGGCUGUACAAGAUGAACCGCCUGUACAUCACUCCGGACGGGUUUUUCUUCCGAGUCCACAUAUUAGCCCUAGACUCCUCCAGCUGCAAUAAGCCAUGUCCAGAAUUUAAACCUGGCAGCAGGUAUAUUGUGAUGGGUCACAUCUACCACAAGAGACGGCAGCUCCCUACAUCUCUGCUCCAGGUCCUGCGGGGACGGCUCCGACCAGGAGAUGGACUGCUCAGGAGUCCCAGUAGCUAUGUGAAGAGAUUUAACCGAAAAAGGGAUGGGCUAGUUCAAAGUGCAAUUCACACCCAGUGCGUUUGAAAUGUACUACCCUUGCACUGCUGGAUUGUAAGAGACUUGUUGCAUUCAGCAUCGAGACAGGACAGGUCUGUCUUCACGGAAUGGGGUCUUCCUGUGGAGUAGGGCACACAGCUCCUUCUGGAACUGAUUGUGUAGUUCCAACUCUAAUGUUGAAGUUGCCACUUUCUUAUUUGCAAAAUGCCUCUUCAGUGGUAUGCUUCUGAGUUCCCUGGCAAAGAUAUUCACACAGCUCAGGUAACUGACCUGUCCAGUUAGCAGAUCACUGCUUCAUGGGGUUUAUUUUUAAUUAAUUUAAAUACAUUCUUCAGUAGAAAUAGUUCACACACACACAAAAAUUUCCUUGAUUUUAAAUAUACAACUCUGAAUAGGUUAUAUCACAUAUCAAACCAAGUUUCAUACUAAAACCAUCACAUUUUAAAUUCUGUACAGAACAGUGCACUAGUCAAAAGACAUUGUAUGAAAUGUCAUUUAGAUCAAACACUAGGGUCAGAACUCAAGACAAGUAUUACAGUUUUACACUUAGAGUACUAACGGGCUUAAUUCGAGCAAAAUAUUAUUCGAACAAGUGUUCCUGAUGUACCAAAAUGUAAGAAAUAGUUUAUUUUUUGCCUCCCUGCUCCUAAAAACAUAUGUUUUGUGCCAAACUGGCAACUAUCCCAAUGCUAAACAUAUUCUGGGUGUAUCUGAUGUCAUUUUUCUGUUAAGACCAAGUAUCGUGUUUGUGUUCGUAAAGUAGUAAAUCUUGCCUUGAAAUCA